GAACAGGCUCUAUUACACCAGCACAUUCCAUAAUAUACAGACGCUUGUUCUUUGUAUUGUCUUAGUGAAGUUAAACUUUACUGUUGCAUUUUUUUGUGUUUAAUAUUGACUAGUUGUUACCAUAGUGAUUUUAUAUGGAACAGCUGUGUGGCCAGCUGGACCGAGCAUGAUAUAAAAUGAAAUUUAGGUUCUCCCAAAUAACUUCAGAGCAAGUUCGAUUGCUUUUAUUUAAAGAGUGUGACUGGAGAGGCAGGAAGCUUCUAUUUGAUUCUUCAUCCAUACAAAAAGUACCUGCCGGCAAAAAUGAUAGGCCCACAUUCAGGCAGACAGAUGAGUUGCCAUGCAUUGUCGAGGUCACAGAUGGAUUCAGUUAUUUGUACAAAGGUCCGUCGUCUGACGCGAGUGUCCUCGGUGAGAUGAUAUUCGGUGCCGUCGCUAUGAACUGCAGGAAUGUUUCAUUGAAAAUCCAUGUUAUGGACGAACCUAGAAGAUUAAUGUGCACGAAAAUAUUCUUCGUGCCUACAUCGCGACGUAUAAGCCGAGGAGAAAGGAAAAACGAUAGGCGCGAGGCAGAGAGCUGUAGCUACCUCAGGAAUGAAUCUAAGCCUCUAAACGUGCCUACGAUGAAUGAAGAGGGAGCUCUCUCGUUGAGCUCCUCGAUGGGGAGAGGGGAUUCAGGUUUUUGCGGAGACAGUUCACCGUACAGCAGUCUCGGUUCGACACACGAUUAUUUCUGUAUGUUCGAAAACUGCGAUGGGAGACCUCAGGAAGACAUAUAUUCUCUUCACUACCCACCCGGACGGAAACUGAGCAUAUCGAGUAACGGUAGCUGGCAGCGUAGAACCUUCCAGAACAUGGCAACGAGAUUCGACCUCGGGCACAAGAGUUCCAGCUCCCUUAGCGUCCCGACUGCCUUCAGUAAUGGAACCAGCGCGACCAGCUGUGACUCUCAGGUAUACAGUAACAGCUCGACAAGUGGCACAAGUGAGAGCAUCACGAGUAGUUCGGCAUCGGCAGUUCAAAAGAAGAACAAGCUAGGGCUGGCUCUUCUUAUAACCAUGACCGACUCUUCGGAUAUGGAUUUGGUACGUCGUUGCGUGGAGCAUUCACCACAACUCCAAGCCAUGGUCUGUAGGUUAAGGCUGGCAAUACUGGCGGCCGGUGCUGGCGGGGCCUUCGUGUCAACCUUGCAUCGAGCAGCCGAAGACGCUGCCAAAUGGCUCACAGAUCUGAUGUACGGGCCCCGUUUGCAGCCGAUGUGGUUGAAUCUAGUCACGAGUGAGAAGCCCGGAGCUUCGAAUAAAAUGGCCGAGUCGCUGCUGUCCGAUCUCUGUUCCAUAUUGGCCGUUGGAGACACGAAGAAUACAAACUUUUUCAUCAGUACACUUGUAACGUACGUGCUCACAUACCAUCUCGGUUGGGUAUCCACGGUCAGCCCUUACGACAGUGAGGUCCACCAAACGGCUGCGACGAAGUCAAACGACUCCAAACGUCCGUACAACGUUCUGUGGGCACAGCUCAAUGAUCUCUGCGGAAAUAUUGGUUUUCCACCUCGCGCCGCUCGCACUAUCAUCAGUGGCGCGACCAACACCCAGUUCGUCAACAGGCUACUAGUAAUUUUGACUUACUUCAUUCGAUGCGGCGAAGUCAAACGAACCGAUUUCCUCUACCAGAAUGUUCCAGUGAAAGAGAUUAGAGUGGUCAAUGUCGAUCAGCCUGAGGGUGGAUUGAAACGAACAGCGACUCGCGCGAGCAAAUUAUCACAGUGUGAAACUCUAAAUGAACAAUUGAAUGCUCAGAACAGUGAUUGCAGUGUCGGUACUUUGGUACCGAGCGAAGUUGGAUUGAAGAAAUCGUCGACGCACGCGAAUCUAAAUCAGAAGCUCUCUAGUAGUGCGCAGUUUGCUAUAGAAGGCGGCUCAAACACAGAACCAGUCACCGGUCACCUGAAGAGAAACACCACCAUGAUGCUCUUAUCUAAAGCGUAUUCGGAUUCUAGUCUUAGCUCAUCGAUAUCAGACGCCGAGCCCGAGCAGGUCAUCUUCGUCCUGGGCGAUAAUGAGAAAUUAGUUGGACUCAAAAACAAGUCUGCCAGCGGGAAGAGUGUCAAGAAAUCCUCUAAAAUACACAACGAACCCCUAGAGAUAGAGAUCCCUGAAAACAAGAUAGAGAAAUGUACGAAGGAUAACUGCGAGAAGUCCGACAGCCCUUCCAAAUGCUGCGGGCAAACACUUCAACAUUCCAAACCUAUAAAACAUUCCGGUUUUAAGUUCGAGUUCGAUAAGUACCCUCAGAUAGUGACAAAUUACAUGAAGAGUAAGAAUUUAGAGAUUCUCGACAGGCAUUACAUUGGGAAACCGGGGAAUUUGAAGUUGGACAACUACCAGUUCGAUCCCAUGAUCGUGCCGCCGAUACAAGAGGAGAGAUGCGAGACUUGCGUCAAGUGCCAGCUGAUGGAAUCGCUGCUGCAGACGCCCACUAACGCUUCCGAAAUGGAGUACAUGAAUGACAUACCGCGACAGUCGGAACCCCAACACGCAAAGGAGACCAUAGUCAGAGACAAUCAGAUCCAUCGAGAGCUAUCGCCUAAAACAUUCGUUCGAGUACAAAAAGAGAACACAUUAAUUGUUAACGUUGCCAAGAUCGAAGACAGGAUUAGUAACUUAGAAGCCAAAAGGCCUGAGAGGAAGACAAGUAGAGAUAAAAUGAACGAACGGCAGAUGAAAGUAAAGCAAGUCAUAGAAAUCCCGUUACAACGGUUACAAGUUAUGGGCAGACCUUGUCUGUUGAGGUCUGGAUACGACGCGUCUUUACUCGGAGGAAUCACAGAUCAUUAUGUACCUGAUUUAGUAUUACAAGGAACAUUGGCCGAGCCGAAUGCGUGGGAGACGGAUCUGCGACGAGACCUGGACUUGACGUCGCAUCUGAACAAGACUGUCGAGUGCUCCUUACAAUCCGUGGCUAUUGUCGGGGACACUAACUCCUGGGAAGUUCGCAUUGUGGGUAGAGAUUGCUGUUCCGGUGGGAUGUCGCCGUUAGUGGGCUCCAUGCUAGACGCACUGCCGAUCAUGUGGAAGGCAAAAGUACCGGCACACGAGUGUCUAUCAUUCUUAGAAGGGAAACUUCGCGAGUUCUGUGUCCUUUCAAAAACUCUGGCCGAGAUGCUAAUGUCUACGGAUUUCUGCGAUAUUGCAACUCUGACGAAGUCUCUGAACGUUGACAUGAAUGACGUUCCCUUGUUAAUGGCCGUAGCCACCACGCACACUCCACAAGUCGCAACCAGAUACGGGAUUAGUUAUAGGUAAUUUCGAAAAGUGUUAAAGAAGUGAAACUUCUUCGAGCGUAACGAGUGUAGAUAUUCGAUGUAAAAUGUAUUGCAUCAACUUAUACCAAAUCAUUUCGUAAACAUCACAACAGCUCUCUGUAUCUCUCAAGAAGUUUUACUUCUCUCACAUGUGCUAACUUGUACGCGCUGUUUUUUCCUUGUUUCGCACAUAUUUGGUCAUAAUACGAGUAGCUACAGUAAUGACAAUUUAAUUAAGUUUAAAAAAAAUUGAGACCUGAUUUUGUAAGAGAUGGUUGAAAUAUCGAUAAAAACGUUUAUUCUUGGCUCUGAGUCACAAGUUAAUAUAAUAGUAAUAAAUAAAUACCUGCGAUCAAAAAUAAUAUAAAUAUUUACCUCUUCGGUAUUACGGUAACUGAAUUAUAUUAUAAUAUUGGAAUGUGAUAUAUUUGUUGAGUAUAAUGAUGUGUCAUUUUUUUUUGGUGAUAUGAGAUGCGGUUUUUUAAAGGCCUUUUGUGAUAGUAAACUGUGUAGCAUCGUUGAAAUUGUUAAUGUAAUAAAGCUUAAAAGCUAUGCGCAUACUGAUUUCUUAUGAUUGUAACUGACAGAAAAAUAAUUAGAGCAUACGCUGAGAAAUGCUAGUUCACUGUGUUAGUAUGCUAAUGCUUGCAAAAUGGUGGAAUUUGGCGCCAAAAUAAAAAAAAAAAUAUAUAUUAAAAACAAUACAUUGUUAAAGUAAUGAUUUGCAUAUCGAUUUAUUACAAUCAAUUAUCGAACAUAUCUCAGUACAUACCUGGAAAUACUAUUAUAAUAAAUAAUGUACCUUGGUCGUUUAGUAAAUAAGGUGAUAUACGUGUACAUUUGAAGCGUAAUAAAAUACUUUAAUUUUUAUACAUCAUUUGAUUAUUUAUUUUUUAUAUUGAAUUCUGUUUGUUUUCCAUAGUUUUUUUUAUACCAGUGGUUAAA